UCACGCGCGGGCGCCACGGCGUCACCAUCAUGGCGCGCAGAGGGGCCUGCCGCGUCCCGGCUCGGUGGACAGCCUACACCCCGCUGGGCCGCAGGAUGCCGGGCACGCGCUUCGUGGCCUUCAAGGUGCCCCUGAAGAAGUGCUUUGAGCAGAACCUUCUGCCACGGCAGAGAUUUUCCCCUCACGACCUCAUCAGGAAGGUGCAGGAGAGGAAGGAGGAGCUGGGGCUGAUCAUCGACCUCACCUACACCACGCGCUACUACGGCCCCGAGGAGCUGCCCCCCACGCUGUGCUAUUCGAAGAUCCUGACCAUGGGCCACGAGAUCCCCAGCACAAAAACCUUCCUGAAGUUCAGCUGCCUGGUGAGAGACUUCCUGAUGGCCAACAAAGACAACGAUAAACUCAUCGGGGUGCACUGCACACAUGGCCUGAACAGGACUGGCUACCUGGUCUGCAGGUACCUGAUUGAUGUUGAAGGCAUGGAGCCAAAUGCUGCCAUAGAGUUGUUCAACACAUCCCGAGGGCACCGCAUGGAGAGAGCCAACUACAUCAAGGACCUGCAGGGGAGAGCCCAGAGCUGUGAGCUGAAGAAUCCGGGCUCAGAUCCCAGGAAGAAGGGCAGUGGCCCAGGCAAGCCCCAGGAGCACCCCCAGCCCCCCCUGGCAGUGCCCAGGAGCAGCAGCAGUGCCAGGCAGAGGCAGGGACAGCAGAAAAAGCUGGAGCAUCAGGAGCAGAAUCAUCUGGAGACAGAGCAUCUGGAACAGAGGAAACACAAAAAGCUGGAGCAUCAGGAGCAGAGGAAGAAGAAAAAGCAGAAUCCUCUGGAGACAGAACAUCUGGAGGAAAGGAAGCAGAAGAAGCAGAGGCAGCAGGAUGAUGUGGAGAUGGAGCAGCUGGAGCAGAGGCAGCAGAAAAAGCUGGAACAUCAGGAGAAGAAUCAUCUGGAGACAGAGCAUCUGGAACAGAGGAAACACAAAAAGCUGGAACAUCAGGAGCAGAAUCAUCUAGAGAUGGAGCAUCUGGAGCAGAAGAAGCAGAAGAAGCUGAAAUAUCUGGAGCAGAAUCAUCUGGAGCAGAGGAAGCAGAAAAAGCAGAAUCAUCAGGAACAGAAUCAGCUGGAGCAGAGGAAGCAGGAAAAGUUUGAGCAGAGGAAGCAGAAAAAACUGGAGCAUCUGGAGCAGGAACAUCUGGAAAUGGAGCACCAGGAGCAGAGGAAGCAGAAAAAGCUGAAACAUCUGGAGCAGAAUCAUCUGGAGCAGAAGAAGCAGAAAAAAAUGGAACAUCUGGAGCAGAAGAAGCAGAAAAAGCAGAAUCAUCUGGAGGAGAGGAAGCAGAAGAAACAGGAACAUCUGGAGCAGGAAAAGCAGAAUCAUCUGGAAAUGGAACAUCAGGAAGAGAAAAAACAGAAGAAACAGAAACAUCUGGAGAUGGAACAUCAGGAAGAGAAAAAACAGAAGAAACAGAAACAUCUGGAGAUGGAACAUCAGGAAGAGAAAAAACAGAAGAAACAGAAACAUCUGGAGAUGGAACAUCAGGAGCAGAGGAAAAUCAUGUGGAAAUAG